CAGUGCAGAGAGCAAGCGCUAUAUGAGAUAUUUGGCAGCCAGCCCCACCUUCCAUGCCGGCCCUCUUUUUGCCCUGCCCCCAACCCGCCUGCGUCAGUCCCCGCCUACUCAUGAGGAAAUCUGCGGUCUCUGUUACAUCACCUACCAAAUGCUCAACCGUGUGAGUGCCUGGCUUGAAGGACCAGAGACAGCGGCGGGCUGCACCAGGCAGGAGGUCUGGGCGCUCCCAGCGGAGAACUCUAAACAGGUCGCCUCCUGGGCCACAAUGGAGUCUCAAAAUCCCUAAAUUUCAUUGGUUGCAGAGGCCUAGAGCAACAGGUGUCCACCAGCACCCCAGGUGAAGUCUAUCAUCUGACACUGCCUUCUACCGCCCUCUCCUCUCAGCGGACAUUCCUGGUAUUCCCUACAACCAGAGAAGGAGUCCUCACCCCAAGCACCGGUCGAUUUGGAAUCGCGCUGCUGCUCCUUGGCAUCCAACAUUAACGGUGCCCUGUGCCAGCUGCGUGGCACUGUGACAAAUUUUCGGCACCAAUAGUGGAGGACAAUGGCUCUAAAGCGGAUUCAGAAGGAGCUCAUCGAUCUUGCUCAUGACCCCCCAGCCCACUGCUCUGCGGGACCUGUAGGAGAAGACUUGUUUCUGUGGCAAGCGACCAUCAUGGGUCCCAAUGAUAGCCCAUACCAGGGCGGGGUGUUUUACUUAACCAUCCAAUUUACUUCUGAUUACCCGAUCAAACCACCUAAGGUAGUAUUCACGACCCAAAUUUAUCAUCCAAAUAUUAAUAGAAAUGGAAAAAUCUGUCUAGAUAUCCUCAAGAGCCAGUGGUCACCAGCGCUCACAGUUUCCAAACUGCUUUUGUCUAUCUGCUCCAUGUUGUGCGAUCCCAACCCGGACGAUCCUUUGGUGCCCGAGAUUGCCAAUCUCUACCUAAAGGAUAGAAAAGAGUAUGAGAGAAGAGCUAGAGAAUGGACUGCGAAGUAUGCCAUGUAAGAAUUCUUAAUUGAAUUCGUUUGCCAAAAUAAUAAAGGCAA